GCAACACUGUGCAGUUAGCCCAAUUUUUUUCAGGCAAUAUAAUGCAUUAGCAUAUGUGUGUAGAGAUGUGUUUGUAUGCAUUUAAAUGAUCAUAGUCAAUGUUUUUUACUUUACAAUCUACUGAUACUUACAGGACAUGGACAUAAGAACAUUUUACAGCAGAAAGCAGCAGGAAUGUGCAGUUAGGGACAUUCCCUCAGAGUGUGAGGACAGUGAGCUGUCUGACAGUGACAGUGAGGGAGUGGAUCAGGAAGAAUGGAUCCCUGAGUCAGGAGAAAACCAGCCUCAAGACAGCGAGUCUGAGACAGAGGAAGAGCAAGGAGAUGAAGAUGAAGAGGAGGGUGAAGUGUCUCACCUCCCAAGAUGGAGAAAAGUCCACAACGCCAGCAUCAAUGCCUACCCAGAGUGA